AUGGGAUUUGGAACAAAAAACGCUGUGAAGACUCAGAAGCAAAACACGCUUUGUAACGGAGUUGGUUUUCUGUUUUCGAGGUUCAAAAAGCUUUUCAGAAGAAAAAACAACCCAAUCUUUUCAUCCACCUUUCUCACUCACCAACCGUGGCCGCGCAUAUACGUGCGCCUCUGUAUGUGUAUCUAUUCACAAUUUCAGACCCUUGAAGCCUUCGUGCUAAAUCAGAAGAAAUGUCUCCAGUAUGACGAGGCAAUGGAUGCUCUGUCUUCACUGAUAACAAAGCGCAGUCGUGCUGAUAAGAAGAACAAAGGCGAUCGUUUCGACUUAUUGUUUGAUUAUGUGAAGAUACUGGAAUUAGAGGAACAGAUAAAAGAGAUGAAGAUUAUUCACGUGGCCGGCACUAAAGGAAAGGGGUCAACUUGCACUUUCGCAGAAUCUAUUCUGCGAAAUUGUGGCUUCCGUACUGGAUUGUUCACCUCCCCUCACCUCAUUGAUGUUCGAGAAAGAUUUAGGUUGGAUGGUUUAGAGAUUCCUGAAGAUAAAACCUCUGAUGAGAUACCCAUGCCAACAUAUUUUCGUUUCCUUGCCUUGCUUGCCUUCAAGAUUUUUGCAGCUGAGCAGGUAGAUGUUGUCAUUUUGGAAGUUGGUUUAGGUGGAAAAUUUGAUGCUACAAAUGUGGUUGAGAAACCAAUUGUCUGUGGUAUAGCUUCUCUAGGGUAUGACCACAUGGAAAUUCUUGGUAAUACCCUUGGACAAAUUGCUGGGGAAAAGGCUGGGAUUUUCAAGAGUGGUGUUCCAGCCUUUACUGUACCACAGCCAGAAGAAGCCAUGAUGGUCCUUGAACAGAAGGCUUCACAGCUGGAUGUAAAUCUUCAAGUGGUUGAUCCUUUAGAUCCUAGCCUGCUAAGUGGUCUACAUCUAGGACUUGAAGGGGACCACCAGUAUUUGAAUGCGAGCCUUGCAAUUGCACUAUGCUCAACUUGGCUUCAUAAAUCCGGCCAUGUUGGAAUCAAUUACUUAAAUCAGACUACCUCUAUACCGGAGGAGUUCAUUAGGGGAUUAGCUACUGCUUCUUUGCAAGGUCGUGCUCAAAUUGUCUCUGAUCAGUUCAUUGAGAGUGAGAGCUCAGGUGAUCUUGUGUUCUACUUGGAUGGUGCGCAUAGUCCUGAGAGCAUGGAGGUAUGUGCAAAAUGGUUUUGCCUUGCGACCAAGGAAGAUUGUAAAUCUUCUUAUAACCAAUCUUAUUGUGACUCUGAGAGACUGCAUGAAUCAGAAAAGAGUGGGCCAUUCAGAAAACAUUCAACUCAGGCUUUAUUUGUUCCAAACACAUCAGUGUAUUACAAGGUGGGUGCUGUUGACUCACCUUCAGUGGACACUCAAAUUGACGUGUCUUGGCAGAUAACUCUUCAGAAAUUAUGGGAAAGUCUCAUUCAUGGGGAAAAAGGACGAGAAGUAAAGAAUGCAGAUUUGACGUGCGAAGCAAUUGUUGAAGAUACAGAGAAAAGUAGUAAUUGUGAGAACAGCACAGUUUUCACUUCACUCCCUCUAGCUAUUAAUUGGCUUCGGGACAAUGUUCGCAGAAAUCAAUCUGUUCGCUUUCAGGUUCUAGUGACGGGUUCAUUGCAUCUAGUUGGUGAUGUAUUGCGUCUAAUCAAGAAGUGAAGUUUCUCUGCAUUUGAUUUUUUUCAUUCUCGUUCCUGAUUAUGAAGGCUAAGUAUUCAUUGGCUGGUUACCUUCUCCAAAAAGUAUCCAUACUGAUACAUUUUGAAGUAGCAGUUUUGCUUCUGCAACUGUACCCGAAAAUUUGUCCUUUCUGUUAUAGAUGAUAUUGAGAUUAAGUUCUUCGAUUCAUAGUUAUAGUUGAAACGAAAAUUCAUUUUCUUAAUUAUAAGUUCAUAUAUAACUAUUU